GUAUGUCAAAGGGCAGGGUUCAGAGUUUGGAUAACAAACACCUCACUAAACCUUGACUCAGAAUGGCAUCUAUUACCCGCAAAUCCCCAUUCUUGUGCCGUUUCCUGGCCUUUUCUAGCAGACCCAUUUCGCAUUUUGGUCAAAGAACUCAAGUUUCGUUCAAUCCUAUUCAAAUAACUGGAUUAAGAGCUUCUACUUCCUGCACAUCCUAUCCUAAUUCGCUGAAAUCUACCAAUGGAACUUUGCUUAAAGAUUUUGUAUGGCAAUUGAAUUUUGGUCGCUAUUGUGCCUCGGCUUUAUCGGAUGGUGGCUCAAGUGGUUCUGGUGGCUUUGGGGGCUCUGGCUCUGGGAAUUCUGGAGGCAGAGGUGAAGGCGAAAGCGGUGGUAGCAGUAGCGAUGGUGGGUCUGGAGGAAAUAACUGGUCUUUUCUCUCCUGGUAUUUGACUCUUCUUGCUAAGUACCCUGUUUUGACAAAAGCCCUGACAUCUGCACUUUUGACUUUUAUUGGGGAUUUGAUCUGCCAGCUGGUGAUAGAUCAAGUUCCAUCUCUUGACGUAAAAAGGACGUUUCUAUUUACUUUCCUGGGAUUGGUACUAGUGGGUCCAACCUUGCAUUUCUGGUAUUUGUAUCUGAGUAAAUUGGUAACACUCCCUGGAGCAUCAGGUGCAUUCUUGCGCCUACUACUUGAUCAGUUCCUUUUCUCUCCUAUAUUCAUUGGAGUUUUCUUGUCUGUGUUGGUGACGCUGGAAGGAAGGCCAGAGCAAGUUGUUCCUAAGCUUCAACAGGAGUGGUUUUCUGCUGUCCUUGCAAAUUGGCAACUGUGGAUACCCUUUCAAUUUCUGAACUUCCGAUUUGUCCCACAGCAAUUUCAGGUUCUUGCCGCUAAUGCCAUUGCUUUAGUUUGGAAUGUGAUUCUCUCAUUCAAAGCUCAUAAAGAGGUUCUCCCAAAAUAGGUGCAUAGAAGUCUCAGGAACACCUCUCAAAAUGAAAUCCCAUGACCAGUAAUGAUGGAUUAGUGGACGUUUUGAAAUUGGCUAAUCUCACUAAAUGCUUACACUUGGAGAAGUUUUCAUCUAGCUGUUAGCUUAUUGAGUGGUUGUUGCAUAGUAUUGGUGCGCUGAACAUUUUUUUUUUUAUAUUUUUUGUAAAUGCUCUGCUCCAUCAUGGUCAUGGUGAAUAUGUAGGUGAUAUAUUUCAUUUUAAUCUGGGAUAUGGAGUGACCUGCGCAACAACCACAUUAUCCAGCACUGAUCAAUAUUCCCUUUGUUCUAUUUAGAUAGGUUUGUGCUAUUUAGAUAGGAAAAGUUGCCAUUUUGGGUUUUUUAAUUUAGAUAGGAAAAAUUACUCUAUUUGCUAACUUUGGAAACAAUGUUAAUGUUGAAAAGACUGUUUUUACUCUUGUUUAGUUUCUGAAAAAUGCUUUAAUAGUGGUCGACUAACAAGACCGUGGCAGAUAAAGACUUGAAA